ACAACUCAAGAAAGUGACUUGGAGAUAGUUUGGAGACUUAGGUAGGGCUACACUGUGCAGGUCCUAGUGAGCCUGGAUGCCUGAAAGGGAUUUGGCAAGUCUGCAGGGGCUUUGAACACAAAGGGGUAUGCAGUAUCCUAUGUUGGAGUCUGGAGCUGGGUUUUCCAGUUUCUCAGUGCUGCUUAUGCCCCCUAGAGGCAGUCCAGAAUGCUGGGGCACAUGCCCAUCAUGUGGCCACCCUCAGGAGGAGGGCCUCUGGGAACAAGUUAAAAGAUUCAGAGAAAGGCUCCAUUCUUUCCCCACCUCAGCCUACCCUGGCUUGGGGAAGCAGGGGACCUAGAAUUCGGGAGGUGCCGAGUAUAGAAAUGUAUCUGAGGCACUUGCUGGGAAGAGGCAGGGACAGCAGCAGAAGGCUGGGCGGGCUCCCCAGUGGGACUCCAUAAGCAGAGCGCAGGCUCUUAGCCAGGAAGUGACUAGACUCUGCCUGUGCCAUGCCUAGGCAGAAAGAGGGCAAGUGUGAAGGAAAAUUGGAGAGUGCCCAGAUGGAAAGAGGCCGUGUGAGGGACGCCGGAGACCCCUGAUGAUACCUUGAGCUGAGUAGGACACGGGGAGGCCGAUACCACCUGGAGCUGAAGCCUCCACUGACUGCUCCCUACUUCCUGGACAAGACUAUGCCCACUCAGGGGCCUCAGAAGAGGCUUCUGGGUUCUCUCAACUCCACCUCCACAGCCACCCCUCACCUUGGACUGGCCACAAACCAGACAGUGCCUUGGUGCCUGCAGGUGUCUAUCCCGGAUGGCCUCUUCCUCAGCCUGGGGCUGGUGAGUCUGGUGGAGAAUGUGCUGGUCGUGAUAGCCAUCACCAAAAACCGCAACCUGCACUCGCCCAUGUAUUGCUUCAUCUGCUGUCUGGCCCUGUCUGACCUGAUGGUGAGUAUAAGCUUGGUGUUGGAGACUACUAUCAUCCUGCUGCUGGAGGCAGGGGCCCUGGUGACCCGGGCUGCUUUGGUGCAACAGCUGGACAAUGUCAUUGACGUGCUCAUCUGUGGCUCCAUGGUGUCCAGUCUUUGCUUCCUCGGUGUCAUUGCCAUAGACCGCUACAUCUCCAUCUUCUAUGCACUGCGUUAUCACAGCAUUGUGACACUGCCCCGGGCACGACGGGCCAUCGUGGGCAUCUGGGUGGCCAGCAUCUUCUUCAGCACCCUCUUUAUCACCUACUACAAUCACACAGCCGUCCUAAUCUGCCUUGUCACUUUCUUUCUAGCCAUGCUGGCACUCAUGGCAGUUCUGUAUGUCCACAUGCUCACUCGAGCAUGGCAGCAUGCUCAGGGGAUUGCCCAGCUCCACAAGAGGCAGGGCUCCACCCGCCAAGGCUUCUGCCUUAAGGGUGCCGCCACCCUUACUAUCCUUCUGGGAAUUUUCUUCCUGUGCUGGGGCCCCUUCUUCCUGCACCUCACACUCAUCGUCCUCUGCCCUCAGCACCCCACCUGCAGCUGCAUUUUUAAGAACUUCAACCUCUACCUCGUUCUCAUCAUCUUCAGCUCCAUCGUUGACCCCCUCAUCUAUGCCUUUCGAAGCCAGGAGCUCCGCAUGACACUCAGGGAGGUGCUGCUGUGCUCCUGGUGAGCAGGGAGGUGGCUUUUGGUCUCAGGCCAGGGUGCUGGGCAGAGGGUGACAAUGACAUCCAGUGGCCUGCAUCCUGUGAGACCACAGGUACUGUCGUCCCCUCCUGAUCUCCAUUUGUCCAAGGGUGGACUUACGAACUUUAAAAUAGAAACACAAACUGCCUGGGGCCAGGAAAAAGGGUCAGUGUGACUGCAAGGGUCAUCCAGGGUAGCCGCGGGAAAUGGAAGAAGCAGGGGAGAGCUCUGGCUCUAGGCAAGGGUCAGACCACAGGCUCCUGAAGAGACAGUUCCUACUUCCGGAGAGCUUCACCUCUGCCCACCCAGUUCUUCAGCUCACUCAGGCAGGGCCCUCUACUGCUGGGUUGGACAGGAAGUUUCUGAAUUUAAAGAACGACAAGAGCCAUAAAGGCGUGCUUACUCCUGGUGAGGGCUUCCGAAGGGGGAAUUUGUGACCAGGAAAAUCCAGCCAUAGCCAUGCAGUGGGCUGUUUAAACAAGUGAGGCCCUUCCUCAAUAAAGGGACCAGAACUACAGAACGUGCCUCUUGCACAAGGGAUCUACCCAUUUGCACGGAGGGAGGGGGGCUGAUCUAAAGAGCAGUUGUGUGGCUCAUGGGAAUACCAAGAGGUGGGGAUCCAACCGCUCACCCCCAACAGGCUGCUCCAGCAAGUGCCUCCUCUGGCCUUGGUAGAGGCUGUUGGCCUAUUAGUGACCACAGCCUGUAGCUCUGAGCCAGAAAUCAGUUGAAAUGCUCAGCUAGAGCCUCAUUAUCUUCCCAUCAUUAUCUCUGCCCAGAAGUUGCUUGAAGGUUGAGUGGGGAAAGGGUAGGAAUGGCAGUCAGGAUAGGAGGAAGGGAGUCUCAGAGCCACAGCUGCCUGCCUGAAUUAGGAAUCCACAGUUCAGAACGCAGCAAGUAUCCUAAUCAGGCCCACUUGGCUUCCUCUAUAUUACUACAAACUAGAGCAGAUCAAGGGGCUGCAGGUUCAAAUCCUCCACUUACUCUGGUGACAAGACAGUUCAGGCUCCUUUCAGAUCAACCAUAUACCGCAGCAAGACCAGAGUCUCAACCCCUGAGAUGACCCAUCGGUAACUUUGGCCAGAGCCUGCCCCUUUCCUGGACCCAUUCCUGUAGCACCUUCAGCCAUGGCAUGGAGUGCUAUCAUCUUACUCUGAGCUGCCCUGAAGAGCCUAUAGCAUAGGAUAGGCCAGGGGUUGGGAUCUAUUUCUACUCAGCACUGCCCUUCUGGGAGAGGAUGGUGGUGCCAGUGCUCUGCCAGCCUUGGGAAGUAUGUAGAUUAGGCCUCUCAGAAUAGAGGAGGGUGCCCAGGAGCUCAAGGGUAUCUGAGUCCCAGGGAGCUGCACAUGGGGUGAACCACAGUUCUUGCUCCUGUGGGAUGGCAGACCCCAAGCCCUUGUACUGCUACAACCUAGAAUUCCUACCACGGAGUCUAUCUUGGGCCCCCCCACAGAUGCUAAGCACCCCACUGUCCUCAUCCCUGGGGUGGCCUCAGUCUGGACUAAUAUGCCCUCAACCACCUCUGAGACAGGAAGUGGCAUCAAGCCAGACCCUAGCCACAGUAUCAGCUCCAGCCUUGUUGGACUGAGGUUGGGAGCUGGUUCCCGGCAGGGCCAGCCUUUGCUGGAAGAUAGGACCAUGAGUCAGCCUUUAUCCUGGUAUCAUAGCUCUCUGGGGACACAGGGAGCUGGCCGGGCCUGAUGUCAUCUGACAAAGAGGCAGCCCAGGCCUCUGGAUAUUUCCAAGCAUCUUCCCUGUCCAGACAAGGAGACAGAGCCAGAUGCUCACCCAGGACUUCUUGAACCAGGCCAGCUGGAAACCAGCUACAGAAAGCCACAUCGUGGACACGUUGUGGGGGAGGGGCAUCUCUUGAGAACAAAAGACCCAUUUCUAAACUCAGCUAGCUCAGAAGCUUAUCCUCAGAGAAGAGUUGUAUGCACAACCACUCUACCCAGCACAUGCCUAUGCAGACUGGACAAAGGCACCGGUGGAUUGUUUCUAGCUGCUCUUGUGAAAUGAAUGUUUGUGGACCAUCCGUGUGUGGUAGUACUGUCUCAGAAUCUUCCACAAGAAUUUCUGUCAUUGGAAUACCAGAAAGUCCUCACAAAAUGUCACUGACCCUAGAUGAGUAUUAAAUCAGUGCUGUAUGUGAACA